UGCUACUAAAGAAGAUAUAAACGGUACAUAAAAGACUAAACAUUUGUUUGUAAUUACUUGAAGUUACAUCUUUUUGAUGGGAAUACGUUAAACCAGAGAUUUUUUAAUAAUAUAUUAGAACAAUUGGUAAGAGAAGGGAAGGGAUAGGCUAGUUGGCCGGGAUACAUAGUAGCUGGCGCUCGAGGGGAAUCGUGUUAUGACUGGGUUCGUUCAAAAUACUGCAAAAUACAAUAAACAUGCACGGGAAGUCGAGGAAGUGCGAGGAACAGUGGAUCCAGUGACAGUGUGUUAUCCGUAGUAAUUGUAAAAUGAAACGGCAUGUUCCAUCUGACGCGAUUCCUUAGCGUACUCCUCCUGCUGCUGCUUCUCGUACCGCCGAACAAUGCUAUGGACACGCACGAAGUUGACUGUAAUAACCUACGAAUGGGACAGUACAUCUGCCCUCAUCCGGACUAUGAUUUCAUAGACCCGAAAACGCAACAGCCGAAAGGCUGCACGAAGGAGAACAAAGCCAAAGUGUUGUGUCUGGCUGCGGAUGGCCUCAUUUGUACAGAAACAAAAAAUAACACAUUUAAAAAGGACAUUCCUUGUAAAUGGACAAAUGGAUAUUCCUUCGAAACGUCGUUGUUGCUAUCUAUAUUCCUUGGCAUGUUCGGUGCAGACCGAUUUUACCUAGGGUAUCCGGCGAUGGGCUUCCUCAAGCUGAGUACCUUAGGAUUUCUUUUCCUCGGCCAGUUCGCCGACGUAAUACUUAUCGCAACGCAAAUCGUAGGACCCGCCGAUGGUUCUCACUACGUAAUGCCGUACUACGGUGCAGGGAUUCAUAUCGUGACGAGUAACAACUUUACCUACCGAGUCCCGCAAUACGAUUGUUGAAUAUAUAAAUAUAUAUAUCGACGAGGAGCGUAGGCAGAAAUUGUACAGGGGUUCAAUCACGAGCAACGAUAUACAAUCCUAGAAUCGAGUCCUAUUUCCAGCAUAACUUGGAAACCGAUUACUGAGUAUGGUAUUUUAACGAGGAAGUAAGAGGAAAGGAUCGUCUUGUAGAUAUUUAUUUCAACGAAAUACUGUUUAUAAAGAUUUGUUACUGACUUAUUAACUAUUUGCCAAUACUGUCCUGUAAUAAAUAUUUGUUUUUAUUUCUAA